AUGACUUUACAAGAGCUCGCCACAGAAAACACAAAGGCCGAACGCAGCAAGAUAAGGACUCGGGGCCCCGUCCACACCGGCCGCAAGUCCGGGAUUCCGGGGGGGGGGGGAGGUCGUCAGCCGUCAGCCCCCCGCACCCCGCAUGCCGAGCUCAGGCCGCACGUGAAGCUGCCCGGAGGAAGGGGCGAGGGGCCGCGCUCCGAGGUCCCGGCGGGGUCCCCGCCAUUCGCGCCCGCCGCCGCCGCCGCCGCCUUCGAGUCGGGACUCGGCUUCUCGGACGCGGAGCCGGACGCGGACGAGGCCCAGGCGUACGCAGGCAACGAUCUGGAGGACCAGCUGAGGUCUGUGGCCAGUGUCGAUGAGCUCAUGACCAUACUCUACCCAGAAUACUGGAAAAUGUACAAGUGUCAGUUAAGGAAAGGCGGCUGGCAGCAUCAUAAAGAACAGCCCAACACCAAUGCAAGAACAGAAGAGACUAUAAAAUUUGCUGCAGCACAUUAUAACGCGGAGAUCUUGAAAAGUAUUGACAGCGAGUGGAGGAAAACUCAGUGCCUGCCGCGUGAGGUGUGUAUAGAUGUGGGGAAGGAGUUCGGCGCGGCAACAAACACCUUCUUUAAACCCCCGUGUGUGUCCGCCUACAGAUGUGGAGGCUGCUGCAACAGUGAGGGCCAGCAGUGCAUGAACACCAGCACCAGCUACCUCAGCAAGACGUUGUUUGAAAUUACAGUGCCUCUCUCUCAAGGCCCCAAACCAGUAACAAUCAGUUUUGCCAAUCACACUUCCUGCCGAUGCAUGUCUAAACUGGACGUUUACAGACAAGUUCAUUCAAUUAUUAGACGUUCCCUGCCAGCAACACUACCACAGUGCCAGGCUGCCAAUGAGACUUGCCCCACAAAUUACAUCUGGAGUAGUCACCUGUGCCGAUGCCUGCCUCAGCAAGAUUUUAUUUUUCCUUCUGAUUCUGGAGAAGACUCUACAGGCGGAUUCCACGACAUCUGUGGACCCAACAAGGAGCUUGAUGAGGAGACGUGUCAGUGUGUCUGCAGAGGAGGGCUCCAGCCUUCCAGCUGCGGGCCCCACAGAGAACUAGACAGGAACUCCUGCCAGUGUGUCUGUAAAAACAAACUUUUAUCCAGCUCAUGCGGGGCCAACCGAGAAUUUGAUGAAAACACAUGCCAGUGCGUAUGUAAAAGGACCUGCCCGAGAAAUCAGCCCCUAAACCCCGGAAAAUGUGCCUGUGAGUGUACAGAAAAUUCGCAGAAGUGCUUCUUAAAAGGAAAGAAAUUUCACCAUCAAACAUGCAGCUGCUACCGAAGGCCGUGCGCCAGCCGACUGCGGCGCUGCGAGCAGGGACUCGCCUUCAGCGACGAGGUCUGUCGCUGCGUCCCUUCGUACUGGAGAAGGCCGCCCGGGGACUGAGCCCGCACUCCUUGCCACCUUGGCACCUUGCGGCCCUGGCCGACCGUGUGGCCGCCGGAGAACCGUGCGUGGCCAGAGAGGCCUUCGUGGGACCGUGCGGACGAGGAAGGACAGGGCUUCCCGAGCGGUGUGGACGGCUUGGCAGACACGGACUGGAGCCCACCUGCAGAAGACCUCUUUAUAAUGACUGGUUUUCUACCAAUGACCAAACGGCUGAGGUUUUUGUUUGUUUUUUUUUUUUUCUCUUGUGAUUU